GGCUCACAAGGCAGAGCUUUCAAAGGGCACCCGUUGGGCAGCCCCAGCAAUGCCCCUUGCCUGGGCUUGAGGACAGCCAUGGAGCUGAGAGCCCUCCUCCUGCUGCCGCUCUGCUUCCCAGGUCUACAAACCCAAGUCCCUAAGGCCAAGGAGAGACGACCAGAAGGAAGCAGUCUGUAUAUCCAGUGUCCUUACACAGAACAGACUGACUACCAGCAGAAGAAAGCCUGGUGCCGAAUGAGAGGUGACGAAUGUGAGCCUUUAGUGGAAACAUCUGGUGGUCCAACACCACACUCACACACAAUAGAGGCCACAAAGGGGAAAAUUGAAAUAGUGGACAACCACUACUAUAACCGCGUGACCAUCAGCAUGACCAACCUCCAGGCAGAGGACUCAGGCACAUACUCCUGUGCUUACCGUUCUAGCAAUAACAGGUAUAUUCCCUUCAAGACGAUCUCACUGACUGUUUUCAAGGGUCUACAAACCCAAGUCCCUAAGGCCAAGGAGAGACGACCAGAAGGAAGCAGUCUGUAUAUCCAGUGUCCUUACACAGAACAGACUGACUACCAGCAGAAGAAAGCCUGGUGCCGAAUGAGAGGUGACGAAUGUGAGCCUUUAGUGGAAACAUCUGGUGGUCCAACACCACACUCACACACAAUAGAGGCCACAAAGGGGAAAAUUGAAAUAGUGGACAACCACUACUAUAACCGCGUGACCAUCAGCAUGACCAACCUCCAGGCAGAGGACUCAGGCACAUACUCCUGUGCUUACCGUUCUAGCAAUAACAGGUAUAUUCCCUUCAAGACGAUCUCACUGACUGUUUUCAAGGGUCUACAAACCCAAGUCCCUAAGGCCAAGGAGAGACGACCAGAAGGAAGCAGUCUGUAUAUCCAGUGUCCUUACACAGCACAGACUGGCUACCAGCAGGAGAAAGCGUGGUGCCGCGUGAGAGAUGAGGAAUGUGAGCCCUUAGUGGAGACAACCAACCCAACACCAUCCCCAUUCACAAACAAGGCCACAAAGGGGAAUGUUACAAUAGAGGACGACUGUCUGUACAAGACUGUGUCCAUCACCAUGACCAACCUCCAGGCACAGGACUCAGGCACAUACUCCUGUGCUUACCGUUCCAACAGUAACCAGUACAUUCCCCUCAGGACGAUCUCACUGAUUGUUUUCAAGGAGCUGCACAAGCGGGAGUCAGACAGUCUCUCUGUGCAGUGUCCCUACGGCACCCUGGGGGACAGCACGGACACAAAAUACCUGUGUCGAAGAGAAGAUCAGAAUAGGUGUAAGGAAGUGGUGUGGACAAAUUACCCUUCAACACGGAGUUAUACCCAAGGUCUGGCAGGCAGAACAUGGAUCCAGGAUGACACCCAGAACAAGACUGUCACCAUCACCAUGCGCAACCUGCAGGCCCAGGACAGCGGUGUGUACCAGUGUGCAUUCUAUAGAGGCCCUUAUCUCACCCCGAUAAUGGAGUUCAAGCUCUCUGUGUCCAACACAUUGGCUCAAACAACUGUGUCAGGUACUGCAAGCCCCACUCAAGCAACCCCUUCUGGCAACUCCCCACCACCGAGCUCAAGUGUGCACACCUUCAGAAUCCUCUCUGGGGUCCUGGGCAUCCUGUUCAUCCUGUCACUUAUCAGCUUGAUAACACUGUACGUCAGGCAGCGCAAGCAGCUGAAGAGAAGAAGUAACAGACAAGCAGAGGACAUCUAUGACAAACCAGAGGACACAGCACAGCUUGACAGAACUGAAAGAACAGAAAUUCCCAAGAAUGACAGCGAAGACCUACAAUACGUUACCCUGAACCAUAAAUCCCAACUCAGCCCUGAGCCUCCUCUCUACUGCAAUGUCGAACCAAGUCAGGCUUACAGGAAACCCAAGGAUGAAAAUGUGGAAUAUGCUGCUGUUGCACUCAAGUGGUUAUCGACAAACGAGAAAGGCUGAAGCACAGAAUCCCCAAAGGAUCCAGAAAUGGGAGAAAAGAACCAGAACAAGAAGUGGGAAUGGGGAGUAGAAGGUGUGUGGAUGGACACUGGGGAAAGACCUAAGUUUUUACUGCAUGUGUAUGUUGCCUGUGCAUUUUUAGGAACUUCCUCCUAUUACAGGCCAGUAGAGAAUUUUACCACAAGUGUGCAGAUUCUCCCGGGUCAGACAGAGCUGCUGGGUAAUUCUCAGGAUCUCUUGUGCAUCUGCUUUCUUCAGUCCAAUUAAAAUGCAGACUCUCUUGGAGAGGCAUGUGUGGAGGACUGACCUUUUGAAAAAGAGCAAUA